UGUAAUUCAGCCCAAACGCGAUGCGCUCCAAUGACCUCACAUCCGGUUUCCCCACUUCCUUCUGAAUGGACCGGUUUGGGACGGUCCGGUCUCGGCUCAGCGUGGGUCUGUUAUGUUGGUGCGUUUCUUCAGACACAUGCUGCUCGAUCGCUGUAACGGGCUGCAGAACCGCAUCCGAGCCGACUCUCCAAUUUAACGUCCGGACCAUGCAGCUCCUCAAUAACUGAGGUUCGAGAGGAACGGGCGUCGUUGCUGCACUUCUGACACAAUGAAGACAAGCGAGGCCAAGAUCAUCAACCAGGGCCUCGAGGAUGAGAUGGAGGUGUGGGGGUACCGGCCCUGUCUGUGGAAGCUGGUGCUGGUGGGCUUAGGGACCCUGUGCUCCGGCGGCCUCCUGCUGCUGCUGCUCUACUGGCUGCCCGAGUGGGGCGUGAAGAGCACGUGCAUGCGGACGUCGCUGAGGGACGCGCACACGCUGCUGCUCAGGACCACGGACGAGUUCAGGCAGUGGUUUCGGGCCAAGGUGCACGUGAUGCUCAGUCCGGGGAGGAAACCCUUCGACAAUCUGGAUCUUCAUCCCUCGGAAAAGAUGCUGAAUGGGGAAAUGGGAGAUGGCAAAUCUACUCCCAUUCAGAUCGUCUACUUCACCCACCACAGCGUCAGAUACUACUGGAGCGAUGUGAUGCAGAACUUUGAGUUCUACAGAGGUUUGGAGGACGUGAACGUGAGCUGCGCCGGCGUCCACGCUGAACACAGCUCAGGACUGUCGCCGACGCUGCAGAGCUACAGGAGGUUGUUUUUUGGGGAGAACGAGAUCGCCGUCAAAGUGCCGUCGCUGUUCAAGCUCCUGAUAAAAGAGGUCUUGAACCCGUUUUACAUCUUCCAGCUCUUCAGUGUCAUACUGUGGGGCACAGAGGGCUACUACUACUAUGCCUCCGCCAUUGUUUUCAUGUCUAUCAUUUCAACUGCUACCUCGUUGUACACUAUAAAAAAGCAAUAUGUGAUGCUGCACGACAUGGUGUCAACACACAGCGUGGUCCGUGUGUCCGUGUGCAGAGGCAAUAAAGAUGUUGAAGAGGCCAUGUCGACCGAGCUGGUGCCGGGUGAUGUCAUCAGCAUCCCGGCCAACGGAAUGAUCAUGCCCUGCGACGCCGUGCUCAUCCACGGAAACUGCAUCGUCAACGAGAGCAUGCUGACAGGAGAGAGCGUGCCUGUCACCAAGACCGGCCUGCCGGGCGCGGGCGACGAGGCCGGCCGGCGCUACGACGUGAAGGAGCACAAGAGGCACACUCUGUUCUGCGGCACCCGCGUGAUCCAAACCCGCUUCUACACCGGGGAGCUGGUGAAGGCCGUGGUGGUCAGAACAGGCUUCGGCACGGAGAAAGGCCAGCUGGUGCGCUCCAUCCUUUACCCCAAACCCACGGACUUCAAGCUGUACCGGGACGCCUACCUGUUCCUGCUGUGCCUGGUGGCGGUGGCCGGCAUAGGCUUCAUCUACACCAUUGUCCUCAGCAUCAUCAACAAGGUUCCGGCCAAAACCAUCGUCGUCGAGUCUCUGGACAUCAUCACCAUCACCGUGCCUCCGGCGCUGCCAGCGGUCAUGACCGUUGGCAUCGUGUACGCACAGCGGCGCCUGAAGCGGCUCGGCAUCUUCUGCAUCAGCCCCCAGCGGAUCAACAUGUGCGGGCAACUCAACCUGGUCUGCUUUGACAAGACGGGCACCCUGACAGAGGAUGGUCUGGAUCUAUGGGGCAUUCAGAGGGCUCAGGACGGCAGCUUUUCUCCACCAGAGUCGGAUGCAGCUAAAGAAAGCCUGGUGAGCUCCGCGUUCGUGGCCUGCAUGGCCGCCUGCCACUCGCUCACCAAGAUAGAAGGCGAACUCUCCGGGGACCCGCUGGACCUCAAGAUGUUCAGCGCCACGGGCUGGAUCCUAGAAGAGCCCACGGAGGAGGAGACCGCGCUCCACAAUCCCAUAAUGCCCACGGUUGUGCAUCCUCCGAAGCAAAUCAUCCCUGACGAGAGCAUGGCGGGGACUCCCACCAUGCCGUGUGAGGUGGGCAUCGUACGCCAGUUCCCCUUCUCCUCAACGCUGCAGAGGAUGAGCGUGGUGGUGAGGAGGUUGGGGGGGAAGCACAUGGAUGCCUUCCUAAAAGGGGCCCCAGAGGUUGUGGCCAGCCUCUGUAAGCAGCACACAGUCCCACAGAGCUUCGCAGACACCCUGGAGGCCUACACCAGGCAGGGCUUCAGGGUUAUUGCCCUGGCACAUCGACAGCUGGAGUCCAAACUGUCCUGGCACAAAGUCCAGAGUCUCAGCAGGGACCUCAUAGAGACCAACAUGGAGUUCCUUGGUCUCAUCAUCAUGCAGAACAAAAUCAAACCAGAGACUGCGGGGGUUCUGCUUCAGCUGCGACAGGCUCACAUCCGCACCCUGAUGGUCACAGGUGACAACAUGCUGACGGCCAUAUCGGUGGCCCGGGACUGUGGGAUGAUCCGUGCGCACGAGAAGGUCAUCAUAGCCGACGCCGCGGCUCCUAAGGAGAGCUGCCCGGCCAGUAUCAGCUGGCAGUACACUGAGACGCCGGCAGCGGCCGUACGGGACAGUCAGAUCGUGGACAUCAACCUGGGGGACAAGACGCUCGACAGCCUCCAGGACCAGCAGGACCAAAGCUUCCACUUCGCUGUGAACGGCAGAGCCUUCGCCGUCAUCACCGAGCACUUCCCUCACCUCAUCCAGAAGCUCGCGCUCAGAGCCACGGUGUUCGCCCGCAUGACUCCCGACCAGAAGACCCAGCUCGUGGACGCGUUGCAGAGCAUGGAUUACAUUGUUGGGAUGUGCGGUGAUGGUGCUAAUGACUGUGGCGCUCUGAAGAAAGCUCACAGUGGGAUUUCACUGUCUGAGCUGGAGGCUUCAGUGGCUUCACCCUUCACCUCCUCCACCCCCAACAUCUCCUGCGUCCCCAACCUCAUCAGGGAGGGCCGAGCCGCCCUCAUCACCUCGUUCUGUGUGUUCAAGUACAUGGCCCUCUACAGCCUGAUCCAGUACCUCAGCGUCAUCCUGCUCUACUCGAUUUUCAGCAACCUGGGAGACUUCCAGUUUCUCUUCAUAGACGUCGCCAUAAUCCUCAUUGUUGUCUUUACUAUGAGUCUGAACCCAGCGUGGAAGGAGCUGGUGGAGCAUCGUCCUCCGUCCAGUCUGAUCUCUGGCCCACUGCUCUGCUCGGUUCUGACCCAGGUCCUAACCUGCCUGGCUUUCCAGGUCCUAGCCUUCCUGUUGGUAGGACAGCAGGGGUGGUAUGAGAAGUGGACCCCUCAGUCAGACGCCUGCAACAUCUCCGGUCCCGUUCACAAUUUGAACGGAACGACUCCGAUUGAUCCCAAAAACAUCAAAAACUACGAGAACACCACCCUGUUCUACGUGUCCUCCUUCCAGUACUUAGCCGUGGCCCUGGUCUUCUGCAAGGGGAAGCCCUUCAGACAGCCCAGCUACAAGAACUGGCCGUUCGUGCUGUCCUGCCUUGCUCUCUAUACCUUUCUCUUCGUCGUCCUGCUCCACCCGGUUCCUGGCAUCGACCGUUUCCUGGAGAUCGUGUGUGUCCCCUAUGACUGGCGUCUAACCCUGGUCGUCAUCAUCGUAGUGAAUGCCGCCGUGUCUUUCCUGAUGGAGAUGUUGCUCGUUGACAUCGUCUUGUGGAGGCUAGUUUUCAGAGGCGCUCAGGGGGUGAAUCACCCCCGAGAGUCCUUCUCUGCUGACACCCCUCAGGAGUCCGUUGUCCGCUGGGCCUCUCCUGUCCUCUCCAGCUUAUUCUGCUACAGAAACAAGCUCCCAACGAUGCGAUACCAGCACCUGGCCCUGGAGCUGCAGGACGAUGCUCACUGGCCCCCCGAACCCUUCACGGUCACCUAUGCCAGCAGUCCACACUCCUACAGCUCUGCCCUUUGACCCCAAGGUGACCUUAUUCAAAACACUUCCCGGGAUACAGCUAAAACACCCUGAUGUUUCUAAGAUGUGGGAGUUAUUAAUAUGCCAGUGACCAACGCAAGAAGUUAUUUCAGCUGGUGCUCACCUCAGUCAGUUGGCGCUUAAAUGGUAUGCACAACCUUCCAUUAACAUUAGCCGCUGCUAAACUACUUAAUGGAGUCAACGAAACAAGAGACUAAACGUCUGUCUACAGUUCUAUGAACUAAUACUGCUCCUGUAUUUGUACGGCAGAAGACGCAGCACUGCAGAGUUGCAGACAUUCUUCCCAUGGAAGAUAAGUGUGUGUGUGUGUGUGUGUGUGUGUGUGUGUGUGUGUGUGUGUGUGUGUGUGUGUGUGUGUGUGUGUGUGUGUGUGUGUGUAUGUGUGUAUGUGUGCGUGUGUGAGAGAAUUGAGCUUUUGCUAGAAAUAAUUUUAAAAAUAUUUUGCAAUCAGUAGGUUUUAAAGAGAUACUGUAGAGAAAUUUGUACUGAGGGUAACUGAGGGUAUACAUUUUUUUAAUCAUUAAAAUAAUCCCAGCGAAUCACUGAAACACUUGCUGCUGUGACAGUUAAUGUUAAUUAUAUUUUUUUAUUUCUUUGUAGUUUUCUAGUAACAGGUACAAAAUGAAGUGUAACAAUAAAAUUAACACAAGACUCUUAACGAGA